GCCGGGAGUUGGUCGGUGUCCGCACACAUACUCUCCCCGCUAUCCAAAGGCCUAUUCAAGAGGGCUAUUAUGGAGAGCGGCGCCCAUAUGUAUAACAAAAACAGGGAUGUGGUCAACAAAACUGAGGCCAUAUCUCAGGGCAAAGCAAUGGCUAAACAAUUGAAAUGCAAUGAAACCGAGGAUUGGCUACAAUGUCUGCGAAAAGUGGACGCCAAGGAUAUCAUCUCAUUUAAGACCAAAAUUGGGUCAUUUCCAGUGUUGGGCACAGAGUUUUUGCCCAUUUCUGCGCGACAAGCAUUCAAUGAUAAAAAAUUUAACAUGGAUAUUGAUUUAAUGGCCGGAAUCACCAAAACCGAGGGCUCUUGGAUAACCAGAAAUAUGAUCAAAGACCCUGCUCAUAUGACAUUAAACGACUUUUACAAUUUAGUAAAAUCACUCGACUCUAUGGGCAUUCAUAACGUGAAUGUAAAUAAAGUAGCCGAACAAUACCUGAAAGAUGUCAACACUAGCGAUGCUUUAGCUUUAAGAACCGGAUUUGCGGCACUAUUUGGUGACCUAAUGCUCGGGUGUCCGACAUAUCUGUUCGCCAAACGGUUCGCACAAACUGUCAAAGAGUCGCAAAGGGUUUACUUUUACGAGUUGUUGUAUAAAAGCGAAUGGUUUGCCAAACAGGCUAACUGCAGUGCGACCAUGGGUGUUUGUCACAUGAUGGAAUUGCCAUUUGUGUUUGGUCUACCACUACUUGAUCCACGCAAUUACAGUCUCGAUGAUAUCAAUUACGCCAAUAUUAUUAUGAAAACAUGGACUAAAUUUGCCAAAACAGGUCGUAUGGACUCUGAUUGGCCGCAACUGUUAAACGAUGAGCCGAUGGCUGCGCCCAAAGUCCACGGUUUGGACCCAAAGGACUUACGGCUAGUACUGAGUGACCCUAUUGAUGUGAAGACCAGUAUAGGAGUAGUGAGGGGUCGGACACUACAUGUGUUGGACACAAAUGUGGAUCAGUUUGUGGGCAUUCCAUACGCCGAACCCCCGGUCGGCAAACAUAGGUUCGCAAAACCCGAACCCAUU